UCUAAUAGCGUUCAAACCAAAUAAGUGCACAAUUUGAAAUGCCAGCCUAGUUGACUAUUACUCCGUUACACCUGCACGAUGAGCUUAUACUAUUUCGCUAUAACAAAUGAGAAAAACAUUCUUUGCUCUCACCCAAUCACAAAUGACAGCUUUGACAGUGCAGUAUAUAGUUAUCUAGCAUGUCAUCCUACAGAUCAGGAUAUAUGUUUUAACAAAGACAAAGUCUCAUUUCACUGCAAAACUGCCCAAAACCUUUCAUUUAUCGCGGUAACCUCUCAGGAUACCUCUCGUCAACAGUCCAAGGCUUUUGUCGACAAGGUUUGUGACACAUUUUUCAAGAAUAGUGCGACACUUCAAACCGCUAAAGAUGGUACUGAGCGGUGUUUACAAUCUUCCUAUGAGUUAAUAUUACGUGACCUUAUGUCUCGAUUCGACUCUUUUAAGGAAAAUGGUUCGUUGAAUCAAUUACGUAGUAAUGUAAAUACUGUAACAGCUGUAAUGCAAGAAAAUACUAGACUGGCGCUUCAACGAGGUGAUCGGUUGAACAAUUUGGUCAGUAAAACAGAUGAGCUUGCUGUCAGCUUUCUUACGCAUAAAACUCACAAUUAGAUUGCAUAAUUGUUUUUUCCAAGGCCAACCAAUUCCAAACAACAGCUACUAAAGUGGCCCGAAAAACUUGGUGGGAAAAUUUCCGAAUGAAAAUGAUUAUUGUUGGCGUUGUCGGUGGCAUACUUCUGGUAAUUGUGAUAAUUAUACUUUGGCAGACUGGGGUGUUCAAUAGCAAAUCUCAACACUAAUAGUAACAAUAAAUAAACAACUUAUUGUUUAGUGCAAGGCACAGAAAAUUCAAAAAGAUAUCUACUCGAAAAUUAGGUGAGAAAUUCGAUGUUUUUUUUACUGGAUCAAUUUAAACAACACAGACCAUUCAAACGUCUUGUUAACGUCACCACUAUUUUCUUUACUGCAAAAUAUUGUCUAUUUUAUCUCGUGACAAAUUUUACAAAUAGUGAUGAUAAUGAUUGAUAUUGCACAGUAUAUUAUCAUAAUCUAUAUGCUAUACUAUAAAUAUACAUACUUAUGUUUUCUUUUUUGUAAUCGCUAACUCUACUACUAAUCUUGUAUCAACAAUUUCUCAUUGAUGAAAUGUUUUCUAAUAUUAGGCUCAGAGAUUUAAUGACACACAUACAUAUCUCAUAUAUAUAUAUAUAUAUAUAUA